CGAAGAGUCGUUUUCCUUUUAUAAUUUACUUGACAUUUGUCUGUCUCCUUUAGUUGCACGCAUUUCUUUAAACGUUAUGUUUGUGUAACUUUAUAUACCUCAAGUGCCUUUGAGUAAUCCUGUUUACUCGUACUUUGACAGGUCUUCUGUUAGCCGACUGUGUAAACAUGUCGUACGUGUGCACGAGCUUAUUAUAGGAGCGACUCUGAAAGUGUUGUUGUAGGCCUUUCGAGGUAUUUUCAUCCCUGCUCUUGGCUAACAGCAAACCCCCUCAUCAGAAAAUGUCAGUGCAGGAAUAUGAGCGGCAUUUCGAGUCGCUAAAUUCGGAUUUAGGCGGCGAGUCUGUGGGCAGUGAGCGGUCAUCUUCUGGGACGUUUUAUGGCGAAGAGGAGAAGUUACACUACAUUCCUAUCCGGAUCCUGGGGAGGGGGGCGUUUGGGGAAGCGACUCUGUACAGAAGAACUGAGGAUAAUUCCUUGGUGGUGUGGAAAGAGGUGGACUUGAACUCGCUCUCAGAGAAGGAACGUCGAGAUGUCAUGAAUGAAAUCAACAUCCUCUCCGUGUUGGAGCACAACAACAUCAUAGCUUACUUCAACCACUUUAUGGACAAAAACUCUCUGCUCAUUGAGUUGGAGUAUUGCAACGGAGGAAAUUUGUACGAUAAAAUCGUCCAGCAGAAAGGAGUUCCCUUUUCCGAGAAGGUAGUGGUAUGGUACCUCUAUCAAAUUGCUUCAGCAGUGGCCUACAUUCACAAAGCUGGGAUCUUACACAGAGAUAUCAAAACUUUGAACAUUUUCCUGACCAAGACAGACCUCAUCAAGCUGGGGGAUUAUGGCCUUGCAAAGAAGCUGGACUCUGAGUUUUCAAUGGCAGAGACAUGUGUAGGAACUCCAUAUUACAUGUCACCUGAAUUGUGCCAGGGAGCAAAGUACAACUUCAAAUCCGACAUUUGGGCUAUGGGUUGUGUCCUUUAUGAAGUCUUAACUCUAAAAAGAACAUUUGAUGCAACAAACCCGUUAAACCUCUGUGUUAAAAUAGUCCAAGGCAACUGGACUAUGGAAGGGGUCUCUGACAUUUAUUCGUCCGGACUGUUGAAGCUGGUGUACGAGUGUCUGCAUCAGGAUCCUGCAAAAAGGCCAACAGCUGAGCACAUUCUGGACCAGCCUUCCAUCUCCUGCUGCAGACAGGAGCUUGAGGAGCAAGUUGUCUUGCUGAAUUCAUCAAUGAAGAGACCAAAAUUAAAUCCAGUGUCGGAGAGUUCCAUUGCCGUGGUGACACGUUCAAGGGAGGUGUACUAUUGGGGAGGAGGGAAGUUUACCCCCCAAAAACUUGACUCAUUCAAAGCAGGCAGCGGGGCCCAGCAUGUGUGUGCAGGAGAGAAUCAUUUUGCAGUGGUGACGGUGGAGAAGGAGCUGUACACCUGGGCUGAUGUCCAAGGUGGGGCCAAAAUGGUGGGGCAGCUGGGACAUGGGGAUCAGGCCUCCUAUCGACAGCCGAAGCGGGUGGAGAAGCUCCAGGGGAAGGCCAUCCGGCAGGUGGCGUGUGGAGCGGACUUUACUGCCUGUGUGACUGAUGAAGACCAGAUGUACAUGUUCGGGUCAGACUAUGACGGUUGCAUCGGGGUUGAGGGUCAGCUGGGGUCGCAGGUUUUGGAGCCAGUUCUACUGGAGUUUUUUGAGGGGCGACCUGUUCAGCUGGUUUCGUGUGGAGACAACCAUGUGGUGGUGUUGACCCGGGAUAAGGACAUCUACUCAUGGGGCUGCGGAGAAUACGGGCGUCUUGGUCUGGAGAGUGAGGACGAAUUUUCCUCUCCGAUGCAAGUAAAGGUUCCUAUAGGUGCCAGUAUUUCCUCCGUCUCAUGUGGCAGCGAUAGCACCUUCUUCUUGACAGAGUCUGGGAAAGUGCUAGCGUGCGGAAACAACGAGUUCAACAAACUGGGGUUAAAUCAGGGCAUCUCUGGAAUCAAGAAUCAUCCCGGAGAGGGUUACCAAGGGAUACCGUACACCACCGCAAUGACCCUGGUGAAACAGCUGUCACGCUUCAAGAUCCAGUCCAUUUCUCCAGGGAAGACUCACACUGCUGCUAUUGAUGAACGAGGUCGUCUGAUCACGUUUGGUUGCAACAAAUUUGGACAGCUGGGUGUGAAAGACUUCAAGAAGCACGCUGGUGUCCAAGUCCUUGUCGGUCCAUUUGGAGGCAAGACGGUGACCAAAGUGGCUUGUGGAGAUGGAUUCACCAUCGCUGCUACAGAAGACAAUCAGAUCUUCGCAUGGGGAAAUGCAGGAAAUGGGAGGCUAGGAAUGCCUCCUGAUAAGGGCUUUGGUUCAGAGGUUUGCCCCGCCCUGCCCAGGCCCAUUUUUGGUUCCCUCCAUCAUGUACCCGACCUCUCGUGCCGCGGCUGGCACACUAUUAUUAUCAUGGAAAAAGUCCUCAACUCCAAGACCAUCCGCUCAAACAGCAGUGGACUCUCAAUUGGCUUCGGCCAUGACGGAUCGACAUCAACCGUUGAUCUGGACUUGGAUCCCGGAUCGGAGACCGAAUGUCGUGGCAGGAGUCUUGGAGGCACGCGAGAGGUUAACGUUGACGGAUGCUCGAUGGAGGCCCCAGUGAUGUCGGCUGCAAACCAGACUGGAGACAGCUCCUGUCCGCUGUGGCUUCAAAAGGAGCUUGAAGAUGCAGAGUUCAUCCCAAUGCCAGAUACGUGCGACAACGACCAGCUGCCUUCUGUCUCCGAGAGCUUUACUCGGCCAUAUGAGGAUCUGAAAGAGCUCAAGGCAGCAGCAGAUGCUGUCAGCACCGCAAAAGGCCUUUCGGCCACACGGAUGAGCUUUGAUACAGUCAACGGUCUGGAUGGAGGGGAUGUCUGCAGAAAGGGGGAGUCUGGUGCUUGCUGUAAAGCAAGUAGAGAGGUGGCUCAGUUGCAAGAAAUGCUUGCCCAUCAAGAGAGGAGAAUUCAGAUGCUGGAAAAGCAGGUCAGUGAACAGAAAAAGGAGAAUGAGAAGCUUUGGGCAGCCAUCAACCGCACCGCUGUGCAGGAAAGGGGUCUUAACAGCGACAGAAACUGCCUCUCUGCUCCUGGGGGAGGCGGAAGAAGAGGGGAACUCACGAAUCACGGAGGCCGAUCUGCCGGGGCAAGCGUGUGACCUUUGACCUGCGAGAUGCUUGAGGGAGAAAAGAGGUGUCCGCAAAGAUGCAUUCAUAAGAUUCGAAAACAUUUCAGGCGUCUUUGUUUUUCCUCUGACUGCAGCUGACUGAGAGUGUUAGAUGCAUUUAGGAAAAUAAAAGCACGAGAAAGAGAAUCUGAUCAGUGUUAUCCCGCAGUGUAAAUCUUUCCAUUAAAUGUUUUUUUUUUAACACACUUGAUGUUUUUAUCAUUUUACACAGAAGGCCUCAAUUUUAGUAUUUUAAAAAUGCGAAGAAAAAGAAACUUUAUGAAGUUGUGUCACCUGUGUGUUUGAUUUCUUUCCCACAUUUGUUUAACAUUUUGGGAUUAGCUAUGCAAAAAAAAUAUGCAACUUUGCAUAAUUUCUAAAUGCACCUGUUGUACUAUAAACAACUGUGUAAAACACAAAACUACUGAUAUAUUUUUGAAACAGUUGCUUUUCUUCUGUGCCUUAAUUUUCCCUCCAAAGAUCUUGAAAUAGUAGUACUUUAAAAGUUUCCAUAAUGCGUGUGAACACAAGAAUAAAAAAUAAAAAAAGCUUUCUUUGCAAGUAUAACAUUUUGGUUUUAAUAUUUUCUUUUGAAAUGUUUUAGUUGUUGGUACUUUCUGUGAUAUUUUGGUGCAUUUUUUUUUUUUUUUUGAUGUUUGUUUUUUUGGAUGUUUUUAUUGGUUUGGGUGUGUAUGCACUGCAUAUUUACCACCCUGUAUUGUUCGAAAGCUUGUUUUCCUUCUAAAGAUGUUUUCAAGAGUUUUAGCCGUCUAAAAAAUGCUGUCAAACUUUAUGUGUACCAACGAAAAAGAAAAAAGUAUUAAUAAAUAGAUAAUUAGAGGAGGAAAGGUUGAUUUGAUUAUGAAAACUGUUUUUUUUUUGAAAAGUGCUUAUCCAGUUUUUUAUAUAUUUUUUGUAAAUGUUUUAUCAUAUUUAUAAAAAGAUUGUAAAUCUCAACCUCCUGUUAAAAACUGAAUUCAUAAAUGUAGAAGGAAUGACUUUCAAAACAGACAUUUUCUAUGCUUGUUUUUAAAGCAUUGAAGGCCUUCACUAAACCUCUGCAAGCUUGCCGUACAUUAAAAAGCCAAUUUAAAAAUGACA